AUGACACUUGAUAGAUUUAAGGUGCCGACGAGUCAUGAGUUAACUAUAUUGAAAAAUCCUGAUUUAGAACCUAUGCCUCCUCACAGGAGAAUUUGGGGAUUCUUAUCAUUUUUUGGUUAUUGGGGGAUUCCUAAUUUAACUAUAUGGACUUGGUCAACCGGUAGUGCUUUAGUGAGCCUUGGGUUGAGUAUAGGCCAUAUAAUGGGUGCUUUAACAAUAGGGAAUAUAUUAAUUUGUAUUUAUACUUGUUUGAAUUCAAAUCCUGGUUUGAAAUAUCAUGUUGGUUACACCAUGUGUCAAAGAAUGAUCUUUGGAAUUUAUGGUUCGAGUUUGGGUAUAAUAGUGAGGAUAAUACUAUCGAUCAUAUUCUAUGGAGCUCAAGCUUGGUUAGGUGGUCUUUGUGUGGUUGUUACAUUAUCAAGUUUGAGUGAAAAUUUCCUAUAUUUAACUCAAAAGUUAGAAGGUGUUCAAAUGGCGUUAAGAGAUUUCAUUGGAUUUUUGAUAUUUCAAAUAAUUCAGAUGGGAUUCUUCUUCUUUAAACCCGAAAGGUUAAAUACUGCCAACAAUGUAGCUUGUUUAAUUACAUCCAUAGCCUUUAUUGUGAUUCUAAUUAUUUGUUUAGUGAAAAAUGAUGGCCCAGGUCCAUUAUAUGAUUUACCCAAUAAAACUGAUAAUGCAGGAUGGAUGUGGUUAUAUGCUAUUACUAUUUGGUAUGGAGCAUUAAGUCCUGACAUUACCAAUCAAUGUGAUUAUUCAAGAUUUGCUAGUGGUGAAAAGUCAACAUAUUUAGGUAUCAUUACAGCAAUCAUGAUAACGGGUACUUUUGUUCCUUUAGCUAGUUUACUUGUGGUAUCAACAACAAUAGAGAUGUAUGAAGAAGCAUUCUGGCUUCCUACAGAUUUAUGCUUAUAUUGGUUGAGAGAAAGUUAUAGUCCAGGAGUAAGAGCCGGUAACUUCUUCUUGGGAUUAUGUUUCAUAUCUUCACAAUUAACUUUUAAUGUUUUAGCAAAUGGAUUCACAGGAGGAAUGGAUUUAGCAGGCAUUUUACCACAAUUUAUCAAUAUCCGAAGAGGGGCCAUUAUAACUGCUUUAUUGAGUUGGUGUGUUCAACCUUGGAAUUUUUAUAAUACUUCAUCAACAUUCAUGAGUGUUAUGAGUUCUUUUGGGGUAGUGAUUACACCUAUCAUUGCUAUUACAAUUUGUGACUUUUAUUUGAUUAGGAAAGCAACAUUACCCAUUUCUGAAUUAUAUUCCACUUCGCCUACAGGUUCAUUUUAUUUCAAAUCAGGGGUCAAUUUUAGAGCAUUGAUCGUUUGGAUUAUCAGUAUUUUUCCAGGUAUACCGGGGCUUAUUAAUUCAGUUAAAGCCAACCCCAGAAUUCCUGUAGGCUUCGAUAAUUUUUUCUAUGGUUCUGCAAUAUUCCUGUUUAUACUUCCUUUUGGAUUCUAUUAUUUAGUUUGUUACGCUUUUCCACCGCCAUUGAAUAAUGUCAAUGAUACCUAUGACUAUUUCAAUGCAUUUACUUUGAAAGAGUGUCAAAAGCUAAAUAUGGAACCUUAUAGUGAGGCACCUUCAAUUGAAGGAGAAAUUGUUAGAAUCUGUGAUUCCAGCAGUAAUAAAGCAACCAAUGAUUUGAACGAAUUCAUAUGA